AUGGACGACAACGCGCGCCGGCGGAGGCAGAACGAACCGCCCAUCAGCGCCACCUCCAACCCCAGGUAUCCGGGCCACGACCCCAAUGCGCAGAGGCGGUCUUACGGUGCGAGUGCAGGCGCGUCUGACAGGUACCGCCCUGCCCCCCUCAAUACAUCUCCAACGGCGGCUCGAGGCAUGGGGGGCACGGCUGCGUACAGCGGUUACUAUCAGGAACCGGCCGCGGCAUUCUCGACCGCCAUGCCACAGAACACAAUGCCUUACCAGUCCGAAUAUGGGCAGGACACAAGGCAAACACAGAAUUUUGGUGCCUAUAACGCAUCCAUGAUGUACAACGUACCGCAGGCUGGGGCGCAGAACGCCGUUUACGAUACGAGUCAGCAGUUUCCCUCACGGCAGCCCGCAGCGCUGCAGAUAAUGCCCACGGAUGUAGCCGCGCCUUAUUUCCCGAGCGAACCAACCAACUCAACCCCUGCCACUGCUUUGCAGGGCCAGGCGGGAUCGUCAGGCACGUCGGGAGUAUAUCAGCAGAGCUCGGCAGACCAGCGCGCAAUGCUUCAAAACUACUCCAGUGGAAUGGCGUCAAUGAGCGGGAUGUCACAGACAAGUCCGCCGGACCAGGUCAUGGAGGAUCAGGAGUAUUCAGCAUCCGCCGAGAUGGGUGAGGCCUAUGAGCAGUACCAGUCGGCACUCAAAGAAAUCUUCACAAACAUUCGGAAUGGAGUGCUUGUGGCGGCAAGCGAAUCACUUCUUAACGUAUCUGACUGGCUACUUUCCAAGGUAGCUGAGCUAGGUCUUGUCGUGGACAACCCAGAGCUUCACAGCGAUCGAAUCAAGCUAUGGAACGAUUUCAACCACGCCUGGCUAGCCCUAUUCCAAAAGCAAAAGGACAUUGUGGAAUCAGGCGUCCAGCCUCAGCGGGGGCAAACCUUGAUUACUGAAGAUGGCCUGAAAAAGAUGGGCAAAGAGCUAGUUCGUCUUUGCGAUGGCGUCGAACGACACGGGCUCGUUGACUAUGAAUACGGUGUAUGGGAAGAGCAGAUUGUGACAACCUUGCUCACCUUGUCACCUGCAGUCAUCGAAGAGUGCCUAGACCUUUACGAGAACAACGCCGAAGGCGGUCCAAGUGCCAGCACUGCAGGACCUGGCCAUCACGGGUCCAGAUAA